AACAUGGGUGCUGAAGACCCAUCUCGGAUGUGCGCAGAGGAGUUGACCGAUGAUGCCGCGCUCAUCCGGGUCAAGCGAGUGCUGCUGGAUGUCAACACGGUGCCCUACGUCCCGGAGCUGUUCUCUGCACAAAAUCCUCCAGAGCUGGGACUCACAGUGUUGUACUGGAGUUAUCCACCACAAUCCGAUAUUCCCCAUCCGGACCACCUUCUUCCCAGCGCCGCAGCUGAAGCGAAAAAGGCUCAAGCAUCUGAUGCUCUGCCCAGCGGCGAGACGACCGAGAGCAGGAGCCCCCUGGUGGAGAGGGCAACUGAAGGGAAGGCGAACAAGAACAACUCCCCCGGAUCAUCCGUGGAGUUGGUAGAAGCCUUGCCAUUGGUCCCUUGGGGUCAUCGGGUGGUACGCAAACGCAAAGUGUUCGUAGUUGAACCCACCAGUCCUUCUGCUUCUCCACCUGACCCCAAGCGCCAAAAGGUGUUCGGGGCCGAAUUUGCUGGGGAUGAUGUUCCAGCAGGUGGUUCCACAGAAACUGCUAGGACGGACCCGUCGACUACAUCAGCAGGGGUUGUAACCGUUGCCGUGGCGGGUACCUCGCCGGGACAUCCCGCGCCCUCGGCUGGUGUGACCUCGCCACCUGCAACGAGUACCGUGGUUGUAAAACCACGAGCGCUGAGACUGAAGAAAUCCAGCAUGAAGAAAUCUUCUCUGACUGCGUCUGCUUUGGGGUUGAAUGAGCCAGAGCCUGUCUCAGCUACUCCAGCCCCCCAAAUCGCCAGCCCCCGAGGAAGACGCGACGCUGCCUGACCUACCACCUCCCGAGCCCCAGCAACUCGAAGCCAGUGCUGGUGAUGAUGAACAAGUCGAGGCCACUAACACCGCUCCUGCGGAUGACACAAGUGCCCCACAACCAUCAACUGAAGAGGCUACGGGUACCUCUAGCAACCCUGCAGAUCUGCUGGUGUUCGGGAGAGGAUACAAGAACAUCAUCACCAAAUAUCUAUUGGAUGAUCCUCUACUGAUGAUCGACAACAUGCGAUAAUUCCAGCAGAUCUCCAAGGAGACGUACAAAUUUACCCUGGAUGUGGCCAAACGCUCUCAAGAAAAAUCAGAGAAGCUAAAAGUAGUCGAGAGUGUCCUCCCGGAACUCCAAGCAAAGAAUCAACGCAUAUCAGAAGAACACCGAAAGAACAUAUAUCUUCUGAGAGAGCUCGACAAGCUGAAGCAAGAGCGGAAAUAAGAAACAUGGCUUCUCAAGAAUGAUCUCUGCAAUCUUGAGAAAUCCAACUCCGAGCUCCAAGAAUAGCUUAAGGAGCAGAAAAAGGCGC